AUGAGUGGAAAUCAGGGAAUGCAGAUGCUUAUCCCCCUUGUGAACAAGUUGCAGGAUGCAUUCGCGUCACUCAGUGUUCCUCUCAAUCUGGACCUUCCACAAAUUGCUGUGGUAGGAUCGCAAAGUGCUGGUAAAAGCUCUGUUCUGGAAAAUUUUGUUGGAAGAGACUUUCUUCCCCGUGGAUCUGGAAUCGUUACCAGAAGACCACUCAUUUUACAACUUAUUCAUGGUCCUACUGAAUAUGCUGAGUUCCUUCACUUAAAGAAUAAACAUUUCACAAAUUUUGACGAUGUUCGCAAAGAGAUUGAGGCUGAAACUGAUCGAGUGACUGGCAAAAACAAGGGUAUUUCGAAUAUUCCCAUUAAUCUUCGGGUGUACUCUCCACAGGUCUUGAAUCUCACCCUCAUUGACUUGCCGGGUCUAACGAAGGUACCGGUUGGUGAUCAGCCUCAUGAUAUUGAGCAGCAAAUUAGAAACAUGAUUUUGGAAUUUAUAGAGCCGGAAAAUACACUGAUAUUAGCUGUAACUCCAGCGAAUUCAGACUUGGCCAACUCUGAUGCUCUCAAGAUUGCCAAAGAGGUUGACCCAACAGGAAUCCGAACCAUCGUGGACGAAAAGGCUCUGAGGCGGGAGAUUGCCUAUGCUAUUCGCAACGUUCAGGGUAUUCGAGGUGGUCUUUUCACACCCGAUCAGGCGUUUGAUGUGAUCGUCCGAGAUCGUAUUGGCCGUCUUUUGCCACCCACUUUGACUUGCAUAGAUCAAGUUGUCAGCAAGCUCUCAGGCAUUGUGCACUCUUGCCUCGAACAGAUGAGCAGCUAUCCUCGGCUUGCUGACGAAGUGGAACGAGCCAUCAAUUCACGGAUUCGGGAGUCUGAGGUGAAAACAAAGGAUCAGUUGCGCUCCCUUACUGAAUACCAACUCGCCUACAUGAACACCAAUCACGAAGACUUCAUUGGAUUCAACAAUGCCGAUCCUCAGAACGCGAACCAGUCAGCAAAACAGAAGCUUGGUAAUCAGGUCAUUUGUAGUGGUUGGCUGGCUUUACUGAACGAAAAAGUACUUCGUGGUGGAAGCCGAUACUAUUGGUUCGUUCUCACAACCGAAUCGCUUACCUGGUACCGCAAUGAGGAAGUGAGUCACUAUUUCUAUUUCUUGCGAUAUUUUUGUUAG